GUCGAUUCUCACAACUAUCAUCGGGCAAACCACUCUGCUUCCGAUAUGACAUGGAGUGAUUCACUCGCUGCUUCGGCCAAGAUCGUAGCUGACAGCUGCGUCUUCGCACACAACAUGAAUGUGAAUGGCGGUAAAUAUGGCCAGAACCUUGCUGCGUACGGUACGUCCGACACCGGUAGCUUGGAUCUUGCCUCGCUCGUUGAGUGGUCCAUCACCGAGGAAUGGUACAAUGGCGAACUCGCGGCCAUCCCUUGGGGUGUAGAUGAUCCAUCGACCAGUGGUCCCGAAUUCUUGCAUGCAACUCAAGUCAUCUGGAAGGGCAGCAACCAGGUUGGAUGUGCCACCGUCCAGUGUGCCGCCGGUACAAUCUUCGGCAUGACUUCCUGGUAUACUGUCUGCAACUACGGUCCUCAAGGAAACGUGCUUGGCGAGUUC